UCUCUAAUUGAACUUCGCCCAAUCAACAACAACUCGUUAGCGGUUGCUUGAUCUCUCCUGUUUUCUGCGCUUCAGCUUAUUUUUGUGUGUGUAGCGACUCGGCCCCUGUGGCCAGUGUCAUUUUCACUUCCUAAACAAAUUCAUGGGGCUCUACGGAAAAAGUGGGAUUGCUACAAGCGGACUGGGACUCGGGUGCCUGUGAGUGCGCAGCGCACUCCUGAAGCAAUGGUGUUUUCGGACGAACACCUCAGACCGAAGAUUGUCAGCGGUUGUGUUUAAAAGACAACGAUACGGACCUGGGAGAGAGGAGGGUUUAUGCAGAAAGAAGCGAUCGUGGCUGUUGCUGCUCCACAUAGAAAACUUUUUCUCAACACUUUCUCAUAGGACUGUCAUGACCUCCAGUAAAGACAUGAAGGCAGGCUCGGUGUUGCAAUCGGGCAGCGAAGAGAGGAGACGGGGUCCUUUAGAUCAGCUGCCGCCCCCCGCUAACUCCAACAAGCCACUAACUCCGUUCAGCAUUGAGGACAUCUUAAACAAACCGUCCGUGAAGAAGUCGGUGACGAAUCUGUGUCCGCCGCGCGUGCUCGAGAAGGUAGCGGGAGCGAACGCAGUGCGGAACGGCCUCAGCACUCCCUCUUCACCCUUAUGCGCUCUGGAGGAGCUAGCAAGCAAAACUUUUAAAGGGCUUGAAGUCAGCGUUAUACAAGCGGCAGAAGGUCGCGAACACAUGAACGCUUUCGGUCAGCGGCAGGUGUCGAAAAAGCGGCGGAAGUCGCGCACGGCCUUCACCAACCACCAGAUCUACGAGUUAGAGAAGCGCUUCCUGUACCAGAAGUAUCUCUCGCCGGCUGACCGUGAUCAGAUCGCUCAGCAGCUCGGCCUGACCAACGCACAGGUCAUCACCUGGUUUCAGAACCGACGAGCUAAACUCAAGAGAGAUCUGGAGGAGAUGAAGGCGGAUGUCGAAUCGCUGAAGAAGAUUCCCCCGCAGACGCUGCAGAAACUCGUGUCUAUGGAGGACAUAGACGAUGCGCACGGCGGCUCGGCUCCGAUAUCACCGAGCGCGUCGCCGAGAGCGCACGGCCUCAGAGUCUUCCCUCAGUCACCGCCUUCAUCCCGGGGCCAAACCACAGACGAGUUCUCCGAAGAGGACGAAGAGAUCGAGGUGGACGAUUGAGACUUGGCCCAGGUCAUUUUCUGUACCGGGCGUCUCUUUUCUGUGCUGAUGAAUAUUAAAUGUCCUCACUGCUCUCUGCAGCAGACGAACAGCCGUUUUUAUCCACACAACUUUUGCACGAAUGUUGAACUCUGCGGAAGAACUUAAAAGUGAAAGGAUGUUUUUUUUCCACCCUCUUUCUCUGUCUCUCAUGUUUUAAUUUAUUGCAAGGAUUGUAAAAGCCUCCACGACAGACGACGACCUGAAAAGGAGUACAAUUUCAUUCAGUAGGAUAUGAGAAUUGAUUAGUGAUUGUGGUACAAGAUCACGAACUUCAACAUGUGUAUGUACUUUUAAAGGUUUAUUUUAUGCCACAUAAUAUGGGGAAACUCGUGCAAUUGUUUCGUUACGCAGUUCGUCAGUAGUAUCACACCAACUCCAUUACUGUUAUAGCUGCUAAUGAUACGCAUCUGCCAAAUGUGAUUUUUUUUCAACGAAUUUCUCAAGUAUAUAGUCAUAUUUAUAUUUAUACAAUGUCAAGAAAGAUGUCAGUCAGGCCAUAUUUGACAUUUCGCUGAAAACCAGUAUUCCCAGUUACAAUUACUGAAACAUUUUCCCAUAUUAGUGAUAUGUUUGUAAUUCUGGUCCUUAAAUCCUGGAUGAAAAGCCACUGCGGUCAAAACUAUUGAAAACAAAUAAUAGCCAAAUUAUCCAAAUAACAAGGGGACAGGAUUGUGUGUAUAAAUCAACUUAUGAUGCAUUUACGCGAUAAAGUUAUUGUAACAUUCUAUUUAAUCACCAUUUAUGUAAAUAAAGGUUAU